AUGCUUCGUAGUUGUGUUUCACCGCGUUUGGCUGCGUUAGUAGUUACUUCUUGUGCUGCAUUUGCUGGUAUGGCCUCUUCAAAGGCCAGCCAUCCGUCGUCUGUGUACGACUUUGAGGCAAAAGACAUCGAUGGCCGAAUGGUAUCGAUGUCAAAAUACAAGGGCAACGUUCUAAUAGUGGUGAACGUUCAACUUCAGCUUUUGUACGGCAAAUAUCAAGAUCAAGGUCUGAGGAUCGCGGCUUUUCCAUGCAACCAGUUCGGCGGCCAGGUAGACGAAUUUUUCGCCAUCUAUUCGUUGCGUAGCUCACCUCUUGACGCGUUUCAUUUCAAGGAACCCAACCCCGAGAGCGAAAUCAAGAAGUUCGUGUCGGAAAAGUUCAAUGUUACCUUCGACAUGUACUCCAAGAUCGAUGUCAACGGCAAGUCAACCCACCCGUUGUUUGCGUACCUGAAGAAGAGUCAACAUGGCUUCCUGUUAGAGUGA